GUGAACUGGCAUUGUCGUGUACAUAUAGAAAGCGUACAAACCGUAAUGGCUGAUACCCAGGACUCCUUCAUUGUGGAAAACAUCAAAUCUGUGGUUGCCGGUGGUGUUGGUGGUGUUGCUGCUGUGCUCACCGGCCAUCCAUUCGACCUUGUCAAAGUUCGUCUUCAAUCUGGCCAACAGCCUUCAAUGGGCGCUGCUGUUCGUGAUAUCCUCAAGACCUCAGGUCCAAAGGGGUUCUACCGUGGUGUUGUGCCACCGUUGUUGGGUGUCACGCCAAUGUUCGCUGUUUCCUUCUGGGGUUAUGACGUUGGUAAGCAGCUCGUCACCGACAAGAAGAACCCAAACGCACCGCUAUCUAUACAACAAAUCUCAACAGCUGGUUUCCUGUCUGCUAUUCCAACCACACUGGUGGCUGCCCCAAUGGAGAGAGUCAAGAUUGUUCUACAGACACAGGACAGCUCAAAGUCCAAAUCUACACUCGGAGCCAUCAAAUCGAUCUUAGCAUCUGGUGGUGUAUCCUCCUUGUUUAGAGGCUCCGUGGCAACUCUGGCACGUGAUGGUCCAGGUUCUGCGCUUUACUUUGCCGUCUACGAGGUUGCAAAGAAGGAAUUGACCGCUUUGACUGGUGCAAAGAACGGUGAACUGUCUCUUCUCGCCGUGUCCACUGCCGGUGGUCUCAGUGGCAUGGCCAUGUGGCUCGUCGUCUUCCCUGUGGACACCGUCAAGACAAGAAUGACAAACUCCGUCACGGAAAAGGUCUCUGCCAAACACGCCAUCACUGAAAUCUACAGAAAGAGCGGAGUAAAGGGUUUCUUCCCAGGUGUCGGCCCUGCGCUCUUAAGAUCAUUCCCUGCUAACGCUGCCACCUUUGUCGGUGUUGAACUUACACACCAAUUCUUCAAGAACUACACUUGAGCCGAAA